CCGUCCAAGCCCGGCAUUGAUUGGUUGCCAAGAAGCGGGCGACUCGACCGCCGGAGAGGAGGCCGCAGCGGUGAGGAGAGCCAUGGGUCGGGAGGCCAAGGUUUUACAGCUCUUUAAAACAUUGCACAGGACCAGACAACAAGUUUUUAAAAAUGAUGCCAGAGCAUUAGAAGCAGCCAGAAUAAAGAUAAAUGAAGAAUUCAAAAGUUAUAAAAACGAGACUUCUCCUAAGAAAAUAGAAGAGCUAAUGAAAGUAGGUUCCGAUGUUGAAUUGUUGCUCAGAACAUCUGUUAUACAAGGUAUUCACACAGACCACAAUACACUGCAAUUGGUUCCUAGGAAAGACCUUCUUAUAGAAAAUGUGCCAUAUUGUGAUGUACCAACUCAGAAGCAGUGAAUUUUCUAUGAUAAAACAAGCCUUUGUACUUUUUAACUUUAAAAUAUAUAACUCUGGCAAAAGGUCCUGGAAAUGUAGACAGUUUUCUCUGAACUGGCAUAUUGAAAAUGAAUGAAUUAGAGAAGAGCUUCAUAUUUAAAUUUCAUGUUAAAAGGAUAUUGCUGAGAAGUGUAGAACAUAGUUAAGUAUUUCUAAAGGAAAAUAGAUAAGAAGACAUUUCCUUUUCAUUGAAAAUCAAACUUUAUACAGUAAAAUAAAUGCUUAGAGAAAUCCAUUCACUUCUCUUUGACCUUAAUUAAUAUUUGGUCUUACAAUAACUAUGUGAGAAUACAGUAUUUUGACAAGUUAGUGAGUUUUUCUCUCAUGUGAAAUGCAAUUAUUAGAUUAAAUUGACAUUUAGUCCCUAAACUAUUCAGCUGGUCAAAAAAUUACAGUGUAUACCAGUUCGCCACAGAAGGUAGCCUUUGUUUCCUAAAGCACUGGAAUUAUUUCUGUAGCUAACAAAUAAUUGUACAGUUUCUUUUUAAAGAUAGAAUCUCUGUGUUCCUAUAAAGACUUUUUUAUCGCUCUUCUGAAAAUAGAGGAAUAAAAUAUCAAAUCACCUAGGGUCACUAUGGAAUAAAGAAAUCCCAAAGUUUUUAGGAAAUAGUGGCCCUUGAGCAAUCUAUAUAAUAUGACCUUAUUAGAAUUAGCUGUAUUUAGACCAAGUUAGAUUUUAUUGUGAAAAUGUAAUUUAUGGCUCCAUUCUCUUUGUUGGUUUUU